AUGAGUCUGUUUCUCCUUGCAUCGGCUUCUGGGCUGGGAAAGAAAUCUAGAGAUUUAUCUAAUUCAAGUUUGGAGACAAAGGUGAAGAUAAUGGAUGAAAACUCAGACUCAAAUAUCACGACGACAGCCAAAGAUGAAGGGUGCAGAAAUGUGCAGGAUCUUCUACUGCCAAUUGCAAAUAUAGGAAGAAUUAUGAAGCAAGUUCUACCAUCCAAAGCUAAGAUUUCAAAAGAAGCAAAGCAAACCAUGCAAGAGUGUGCAUCGGAAUUCAUAGCCUUUAUAACUGGGGAAGCUUCUGAUAAGUGUCGCAAGGAAAAUAGACAAACUUUAAGUGGAGAAGAUAUAUGUCAUGCCAUGAAAUUACUUGGGUUAGAUAAAUAUGCUUGUUCUGCUAAAAGUUACCUUCAAAAGUAUAGAGAGCAUUGUGAGAAAUCAGAAGCCAUUAAAAAUACUGAGCCCAUGGAAACUGAUAUGACAGAUAUGUUACAAAUAUAUUGCAAAGGCAACCAGCACAGCUAG